AUGGAUGAAAACACACUCCACAAGGUGGACUUAGUGUGGGAGGAAAUAGAAUGGACUCCAGUGACUGACCAGCCUGCAACACACACAACACUGGUGACACUGCAGCAGCCCAGCAUCAACCUGACAUCUCCUAACAGAGGGUUGGUCUGGGGUCCUGAAGGUGCAGAGGUCACCAAGGGUUACAGCUUUGUCAUCACCUGCUCCAUUUCCUCCCACUAUCCUGGAGGUGUUUUCUGUCUCAUCUUCUCUGGCUCCAACAUCACCGACACCAAGCCAGCAGUCAACAACUCAGCCUCCUUCAACUUCCCUGUAGCUGAGUAUGAACACCAGGGCAACUACAGCUGUGUGUAUGAAGUCACACUGUCCUCAAGGAAAUUCACUUCUACCAAAACAACACUGAUUAGUGUCAUCAUUACAUUUCCUUUGUUGCUGCUGGUGUUCUCAGUAGCUGCUGGGAUCCUGCUGCUGCUCCUGCUGGUCUUUAUGGCAGUCUGUCUGGUCCGCAGGAGAAGACGACGAGCCAAGCUGCCUGCAGUCCUUGUCCAAACCCAAUUAUCUGUCAGAGCCAGGAACGAUUAUGAAUGUGGCGAGGACGAUGACGACGAGGAAGACUAUGUGAAUGUUGAUCCCAUGGACAGCAAGAAGACACUCAAAGAGGAAGCAGGGAGAGUGGAAGAAGAAGACAGUAAUGAUUAUGAGGAGCCAGAGAGUGAGGAAGAUCAUGAUUAUGAAGAAGCAGGCCCUGAUGUAAAUUUCAUAAAGACCACCGCGGUGUGUUUCAGUAUAGAGGACAACAGAGAAGAAGAAAAAGAAGAGGAGGAAGAAGAAACCGAUGAUGAUGAAGAAACUGAUGAUGAUGAAGACUAUGAAAAUGUAACCCAGUCAUUUGGGGAAGACAUUUGUGGAGAACAUGAGGAUAUUUAUACAGAUUUUGAAGGGUCCUCUGGUUAUUAGUCUCACGCUGGUAACCAUGGAUAAAGCACUGAACCUUUAAAUCUUAAAGUGAAAACUGACCAUUCAAAUGGAUUGAGUAUAUACAUGUUGAAUGUUACGCAAUAAAUUGUAGCUGGGUCUUUUCCCUCAGGACAAUCAGCUAGUCAUUCAAUAAUCAGUAUUUUGAAUUGCAUAUACCUAGACCAGACUAGAAACUACCAAAACUCUUGAAUGCAUGGUUGAAGAUCAAGGUUUUAAUAUUUUAAUUACCUGGACAAGCCAGAAAAACAUUAGACAAGUUCUUGUAAAGGUGGCCUUUGAUAUAAAUUCCAUUCCAGAGUAGAGGUGAGGCUCGGUCAGUUAGUCCAAACUGAAACAUCUUAACCACUGUUGGAUGGAUUAUCAUGAAAUUGUGUUCAGACAUUUAUGGUGCCCAGAGGGUGAAGCCUCCACUGGCAUAAAAUCAUUUGACAUUGGUGGUUCUGAGUGAGAUGAUAGGAUAGCAGUUCCUUGAACUCACAGCCUCACAGAGCUGCUGGCAUUGCUAGCAUGACUAGUUUGUGGUAAAUGUGUGUAUUUUGUCAUCUGCUCAGGGUUAGGGUUAAGUUUGGCUGUCAUUUUUUAAAAGCAUUGUGCAAUCUUCCCUCUGUCUGUCUGUGGACAUUUUGUAACAGUUACUGGUGUAUGUAAAACACUUAUACAUUCAUUUUUAAGUAGAGUCUAGGCUGGAUUACCAACCAGGCAUAGCAGGCACUGCAUGUGAGUUGGUUUUGAUAAUUUCAUAAACUUUAAAUAUAGAAUUAAUACACAAUUUAUCCUUAAGGCAAUUCCCACAUUAUUAGCCAUUCUCGUUGGCCCUGUAAUCUAGUUUUUACAGAAACAUGAAGCCAGUUUGUAUACCCUCAGCAAAGGAGUACUGUUUGGUUUCUGAGCAUAUAAUGAUGCUACCAUGUGGGAAGUGGUAGCUUCAUUUUACAGUAUGUGGUCAAUAGGUGCCUCUGGCUUCCUUAAGAGGUUAAGCUAUAUGUACAGAAUGUGCAAAAAAUGCUUCAUGUAUAUUUUUUAUUCUACACAUAAUGGUCCACUGUGUAGGAUCUUGUGGCAUCUAGCAGCGUAGUUGAAGAUUGCAACUCACUCACUUCACCCUGCCUUUCAAAGCUUGAGAGAGAAACUAUGGUGGAUACAAAACAGCACCAAUCUAAAACCUUCUAAAUGUUACACACUGGACCUUUAACUCCUUACAUAUUUAUAGUAUGCAUUUUUUUUCCUGAAAAAGUCUUACAGAUUCUUUAAUAGUAGUCUAGAGUCCAGCAUGGUUUGUGAAACCAAUUUCAAUGUAUUUCAAUUAAGACCUUGUCACUGUGGUUGAUCACAACAUUCUCUUAGUAUUAAUUUAUCUCACUGGUUAACUUUUACAGUUUAAAGGAAUAAACUCUAAUGCAAUGACCAUUUUAUUUUCAAUGAGAAUAAAACACAACAGCGUGGUUUUAAGGGUUUCAGGUUCAAAUGUAUAAAUGGAGUGCAUUAGUAAUGGAGUUAUUUGUAUAAUUUUGUGUGUUAAAAUAAAUUAAUAUUGAGGAAUAUCCAUGUUUUUGUUUAGAAACUAAAUAUAAUGUAAAUAAAUUGUACAUUUAUUCUGGAAUGUUGUUUUAGAGACAAAAUGUUACAUUUAAGUGUUUUAUUUUGAAAAUAAACCUAUAUAUUUUAUUAAAUUAC